UUAGAAGAAACUAAAAGAAACGGCAGCAAGGAAGUCACUGACCAUGGUAACCAAAGGCAAAGGUAAAGGAAUGGUAAAGGAAGUUUUUAAGGGUCCAGAAGUCUGUAAGGAUCCAGUGAGACUUUGCACACAUGCAAUCGGAGUCAACAUCUUCAAACAAGGCGAGGAUCCUCUUAUUAAACCCAAGGAGGACUAUCCAGAAUGGUUGUUUCAGUUGGACCUCGGUCCACCCAAAAACCUCAAUGAACUUCAACCAGACAGUCGGGAAUACUGGAAGCUUUUAAGGAAGGAGCAUAUUUGGAGACAUAAUAAACUGCAUAAAGGCAAAAAGAUGUAGAGGCUUUGGACAGAAUUAUGCAUCUUUGAGAGCAUGGCCUGGGUGAACCUUUGCCUUCCCAGCAUUCACAGCGCACAUUACCUGAGGCGCAGGUUGAGAUAUGUUUCUCUGCUGAGUGGACUUCAGAUUUGGAGACAUUUAUCUUCUUUUCCAGUGUAACGAACAAAUCAGUGCUAUGUCAGAGGAUUGGUUGUAUUUUUGUUGUCAUUCUUUGUAUUAUUAACGUCACUGUGUUAUUUUUCUCACUUCUGUCUCAUGAAAAAAAUUAAAUUCUAAU